CAUCUGUCUCCCCUUCUACGAAAACACCACAGGAUUUCAAGCUUCAUGUUCGACUCCAAACCGCCUUCGCUUUACUUCCUGACAUGCGGAAGCGGAGCUUGCGCCCGGAGGUCUCACCGUCGUUCGAUACCCAAUGAGAUAUGCUCGGACUUAAUCAUGACCUGUACGGUGGAAAGAGAGUCCCGCUUGGCAGCUUCAAGCGCAACACGCCCACCCCGCCUCUCAAUUUCGCACGUGGCUGAGCCUUGGGGGCUUGCCUUAUCAACGCCAAACGCUUAUCUUCACAUGACAAGGCGUUGACCCGAAAAGAUCGUCUUUUCCAGAGUUCGACCUUCACGUCGUCGUCUCUGACACCUGACGCUCAUCCCACAAUAGUGUUCCUGACCUCGGAUCUAUCCUCGCCAAGCAAACGAAGAUGUCCAUCUCCAACGAGGCGUUGCAAAAGGUGAGCA